UGCGUCCGCGUCGGUAGGGCUGUGCGUGUCGUGGCAGCAGAUGUAAGCAGAUGUAAACAAGAAUUUAAUUUGAAACGUCCGUCGUAACAUAAACGAUCGUAACUGUCGUCAUCGGCGGGAAACGCGGUGUAUAUAUGUGUAUGUGUGUGCGACAGAACGAACGUCGCUCGCUGUGGAGAAGCGCGAGAGAGCGAGACGCGACUGCACGACUGUUAUGCCUCCUGUUGCUCGUCAAGCGUCGAGUACCGCGUACCCGCGACGCAUAACCUAAGCGAGCCCCCCUCAUCAAUAAUAAGCGACGCUCGGACGAUGGUGAAUAUCGAGGAAAACACAAGAUGAUGAUCCGGAUCCCGAGUUGCCGUCGGUCUAGCAGAGAGAAUUGACCGUACGACGACGUGAGAGAGAGCCCGAGGGAAAAUCCAAAAGGAUGCCCCCGACGGGCACGGGGGGCCAAGUAUGGAAUACGAUUCGGAAUCGAGCUGCGAGGGCCGCUGUUCGCGGGAUUUCGAGGGCGCGAACGGCCGUUUGACCCGACAGCGACGCGAGGAAUGCGAGCGACUCGUCCCGUGCGAGGCGGCCGCGCAAGCGGAGCAGUCGAGGCUGCUCAAGUUGAACCCUGCCAGUAAGAGCCUCUCGUCGCAGGUAAUGGAAUAUUAUCACAAGUACUCCCGCAACUCCAAUCUGGAUCAGUAUUUCUCGCUACCGAAUGCUCCGCAGGAGGCCGUCAAGUAUUAUUACAGUGUUUACGAGUUGAGCGCCGAGGUGGGCGGCAGGCAGGACUGCGUCGGCGAGGAGUACAAUUUAAAGUCCUACGUCCCGAGGGAGAGGCGUAGGUGGGUAAGGCCGCCGUUGAUCGGCCAGUCCUCCAAUACCGACGCCUCAUCCAGGUACGUUCAACCGUUGACAGAUCCGCAAACACCCUCGCCCGAUCUCAAGUAUGGCGCAUCUGAAGCGACGCACGAGGAGAAGAGCAACGUGUGCCCGGAGAAGCUGCCGGAGGUGGCCGCCGAGAGGAAGCUGUCCUCUCCGACUUCCAGCGUGGCCUCUUACAAGCCGCUGGAAUGGGACAGCGGCGCCGACGUCGGUUAUUUCAACUCGCACUCCCCGAACAAGCAGAACGACAAGCGGCUGAGCACGAUCGAGCGCAUGGCUCUGGCGCGGGGCUGCUCGGCCGCUCUGCGACUCGACCCGGAAGGCACCACCGAGUCCGGGAUGCACUCCGGCAAGGUCACGGCGGGCCGGAGCGGCCCGAAACUGUCGUCGAUCCCCGACGCGAAUUCCACGCCGCUGCUGGCCGGGAACGCGUCCGGCUCGGAGAGCGAGAUCGAGAUAACGCCGAUCGUGAAGAAUCACUUGCCGGGCAUCAUCACGGGCGGCGACAUCAAGUCGGAGGAGAGAACGCGCGUCUCGCAAGCUCCGAGAGCUUCCGAGCACGAGACUCGUCCCUUCGACACGCCCACGUCGUCGUCCACGUUCAAGAUACCGCUGAUGAGACACUCGACGGCCGAGCGGAGACCGGCGAGCAAGCGCGGAAGGGAGAUCACGCGACUGCCGAGCUCGCCGCUGAAGAAGAGCAUCUCGAUGAACGUGCUGCCCGCGUCCUCGGCGAGGUCCACGCUGAAAAGGAGCCAGAGCGAGCUGAAUCUGCACGUCGGCGAGAAGGCGGCGGCGUUGCCGUUGAUAUUCAACUCCACGUCCUCGAUCGCCACCGUGGUGAACAAGCCGGCGACCUGCGACAAGGUCAUACAGACCAGCCCGGAGGUGUGCGCUCAGGAGUCCGUGGGCGUUCAGGUUUCAGACCUCGACGAGAACAAGCUGCCGUCGGCGGAGCCCGACUCGCGUACGGCGAUACAUUCCAUUCUGAAGAAGUCGAAAGGCACGUAUCGAGUGAAGGGCCCGAGGAGAUGCGACGACUCGGGAGCGACGGACGAGCCGGACUGCCCCGCUGCGAGGGAGAAUCCGAGGCAGCGGAGCAGUUCCGGGGAGAUGUCGCAGAACGCGUCGACUUCGGUGACCCCGCAGCCCGACGAGACGGAGAACGUGUCCGGGCGGGCGAACAGCUUCGAGUACUUCCCGGGGCACACCUACGCGAACGUCCCGAACGGCGGGGACAGCCGAGUCUCCUCCGACACCGGCAGGUCGAACUCGACGCUGCCGAACAGCAGCUCGAGCAUCAACGAGAAGCUGUGGGGAGACUCGGACAGCCUGGUCCGCGACCUGGAGAGGAGCGUCAACAUCCUGAAGAGCCUCGUAGACGCGAACAAGUGCGACAAGCAGGUGAAGAAGCGGCUGAUACAGCACGUGAUCAAGCGGCUGGUCACCGCGAGGUACACCGACGACAGGAUCGAGCACAAUCUGGAGGACAACGUGCCCUGGAACCCGGACGACGCCAGGAACAAGGUGUACCGUGCCGAGCUGCUGCAGGCGCUGGCGAAGAAGCACAGCACCACCGAGUCCUCGGACGAGUGGAACCUGCGGAAGAAGGACACGUCGACGCAGAAGUCCGCCGGUACCGCGAGCGACGUUAUCAAGGAGGUCAGCGCGCUCGAGAGCAGCAACAGCGACAAGUUCGACCGGCACACCGACCGGAUGGAGAUGGACGGCAGGAAGGCGCGGCUCGGUCUGCGAACGGACGACUGUCAGCAGAGCGGCAACACCACGACCGAUCCUGACAAGAGCGAGAGCUCCGAGUGCUUCGUGCCGCAGCGCAAUCACAAGAUGAACGACAUCUUCUGCUACAAGGAGAACUGCAAGCUGCCGGCGCACCGGGAAUCCACCACGACCAACAGCAUACCGCCCGCCGAUCGCAACAGGAUCCUGCUGGACGCCGUCGUGAACAACAGGAGGACGCCCGUCGAGUCCAACAACAACACGGACUGGCGGCUGCCGACCACGUCGUCGGAGAGGCAGUUCGAGCUGAAGAAGUGCAGCAUGUCCGAGUCCGGCGACUCCAAGCUCGUCAAUUACGCCGAGAUGGAGAAGAGGAAUCAGCUCAUCUGGAUCACCAACGAGAUCAGUCAUCUCUGCAACCUGAAGAAAUUACUGGAACAGCCCAGGCGGUUGGAAAGACCCAAGUCCUCGCCGAGGAAGGCCAAAUCGGCGAAUUUCAAGUCGAAGCAAACGGCGUCGCUUACUUGCAGGCGAGAGCAAAGUGCGAGCGCUGUACACAGAGACGCAUCCGACUCGCGCGUUGAGGACGACACCGCGAACGAGCCGUGGUCGUCGCACUGCAACCUGGCGACGUGCGAGGCUGCGAGCGACUGCGCGGUGCAGAGGGUGAUGAAGCGCAACAGUUGCACACAGACCACCUCGGACGUGUCGGAGGCUUACUCGAAGACCGGCGGGGAGAUCGUGUCGGCGUGCCGGGGCUCGGCGACGAAACGCGCCGCGGUCGGCGUGCAAACGUCUUCGCGAGACCUGACGAUUCAGACGUCGGAUGUGCACGACGCGAGAUACGCGAGUUCGCAGAACCCGCGCGCAUUUGUCGACCCGGUCGGUAAGUGCAGGGAGCAGACGUGCCAGAAGCACGCCGCCCCGGUCGGCGUGCAGCGUACGUCGUGCGCCCGGUGCCGCGAUCAGAGCUCGUCCGACGCGGCCAGGUCGCGGAAGAGCUUCCAGGAGGGCGCGCCGGUCGUCUCGCAGCAGACGCCUCUUCUGAGUUACGGUGGCGGCGACAACAACAACGCGGAGCCGGUCGCUUGUCACCACGUGGCGCCGAGCAAUGGCCCCCAGCACAAGCAGAAGGAGGCUAAGAACCAGAUCAACGCGUCCAAGUCGAGAUGUGGCUGCACCGCGCACUCGGACGAUAGCGAGCACGCAGAAGCGAGCGAGGCGAAGCCGAGGGAGGCGGGGUGCUGCGGGAAAGCGCUGUUCGCGGCGUGCCCGAUCUGCUCGAAGCAGAAGCCCGUCGUGGAGCUCGGCAACGGCUGCGGCUGCCAGAAGAAGCCCGUCCGAGGGCGCGAGGAUAAUCCGGGGGACGGCAAAGCGCGCGACGAUCCCUCGGACGUGAACCAGGACGCGGACAGGAGGAUCGUCAUCGGCAGGGCCCGAGCGGACGGCCCGGCGGGCAGACGCGCGUUCAACUUCGGCGAGCCGAACGGCUUCGGGAACCACCUCUGCGAUUGCGUGCGCGAUCGCGCUUAUCCGGACAGCAGGACGGCGGAGACGCUGUGCGAGUGCCGCUCGCGCGGCCACCAGAUCGACGGGGGCGAAUUGUGUCGCUUCGAGUGCCGCUUAAGGAUAGCGGAGCACCAGCCAACGACGGCGCGGGUUUACCCCGACAGCUCGCAGGACGACGGCGAGCUGUCGGCACCUCAGCAGCGCAAAGUACAAAAUAGCUUAAGAUGUAACUGCGACGAGGCCUCCUGCUUCUGCGGUGACGAUCAGGCGAGAGAGGGAGGGUGGAGCAGGGGGCGCAGGAGUGACGCGCCGAGGACGAAUCUCGCGGAGGAGAGCGGCGUCAACAGGACGGAGAGGAAUCGCAGGUAUUGUCGCGCGUGUGGUGCCAUGUAUCAGAACACGAGGAAGUGCGACUGCCGGCAAACCUAUCCCAAGGCCGUCGCGUACGAAUUGUCCUUCGCGAAGGAGAACAGCGUGAGAAACGAGAGCUCGGACGUCGCUCAAGUUACGCCGAAAGCCCCGUCCGCCAAGCAACCGAUCUCGAAAUCCGACGCCUGUCCUUGCGAUAUCGUGAAGAGAAACGGCCCUAAGAACGCUCAGCAAACGACCACGCUGCAGGAUUAUUUGUCCAAAAACAAUCCCGAGUUUGUGGGCAACGCGGAGACGCGUCGGCAGUACCUGUCGGAGAUAUGUCAAUUGCGGGAAUUGAGGAAAGAGAAGCGUAUACAGUUGUUAGCGAUGGCUAGCACGUCCAACAUCAUGAAAUCGGCGCAAGUAACGAAGCCAACAGUUUGCGUUCAGAGGAAAAUUAGCGACCAGGAGAUGAAAGAGCGGCUGCGUAAACGGUAUCUCCGGCUGAACGAGGUGCGAUUCAAACGACGGCAACAGGAAAGGCAGGAGGAAGCACGUCGAAAUAAACUUAUGGCAAAAAUUUUCUGCAAGAGGCUGCAACAGAAGGUUUUGAGGGGCCAAGUAGAUCUGUCUCAAAGCGUUAGCGUCAUAUCCAACUUGUAACGUCGUCAGCGCCUACUUGUAUAGAGUGCCUUUUUAUCUUCGUAAAUAUGCCAGAAUGAGCGAGAGAUUUUCCACCUUUUUAUAAAAAAAAAAAAGAACGCCCGCCCUUGGGCGAACGGUAGAAAAGUUCGGAAAUAUACGUCGUUUCUCUCGAAAUAGCGAAAUAGCAAAAACUCUAUUAUCUCAGGUAGUUGCGUGAAAAAUUUGUGUCAUGACACUGCGUGUGUUCUUCUUGAUAAAAUUGCAUAUCAGGACUCGAAUUCACGACUUAUUUAUGAUUAUUAUUCGAAUAUGUCGCGGGUGAUAUGAACCUGCGAUCUAUUAACUGACACGCCAAAGUUACGUGUGUAACUUUGCAAUCGAAUUUAUUUUUACGUACACAUAUAUAAACGAUACGACUAUAACCAGUACAAAAUGAAAUAUCGAAUCUUUUUAUAUAGAGAUACUUUGCAUAUUUUGUAACACCUCUUUUCAGGAGGUGUGGUCUGUUUUGUCAUUUAUUACAUUUAGAGUUAUAUGAGAAGAAAGACAUGUGUAUUCUGACUUGAUCCGAAACGUUAAAUAUCAUAGGAUCAUUUCAGCGUAGAAUCGAAAAUAUCAGCAUUAAUAGUUUACGUUUGUUCGUUACAAGUAUAAAGAAGUUACAUUUACACGGUAAAAAAACAUAUCAUUGACAUGAACCACCGAUCAAAAGUGAUUACUUUAAAAUAGGGAGCAUAAUUAUUACGUAGUACCUGAAUCUCUCGUAGCGGGACCGUAGCCACGGGAAAGCAGAAGGGGGCAUUGUUUCUCUUCCCUACAGAUCUUAAAAAUCUAUUAAACUGCAAGUGUGUAAAGUGAUAAAAUCAAGGUGAAAAUUACGCGAAAAACACACGUUACGUAUUGCUGUCCCCUGCAUUUCGGUAACUACGGGCUCGUCUAUGGUAUAGUAAUACCGUAAUACUUUUUUUUUAUUACUGUAUAAAAAAGAAGAAA